AUGGGCAGCAGUGGGACGAGAGUCACACGUGGAGACAUUGUCAUAGACUUCAAAAAUCUGUUAGAGAGGGGCUGGGGAGAUGGAGGAGAGAGGAGGUAUAGAGAAGAAGAUCACGCCGCUGCACUGUUGCCCUUGUGCAUCCCUCUAACGUGUAGGGCAAACACGGAUCUGAACUGGAAAUCGAACAGCUUUAACAUUACACCAAAAUCACGUUUUUAUAACGUGUGCAGACAUGUCCCUGUUGAAGGCUUGGCUGAAGCCUACUGCUAUUUCACGGGUGGGUGUAAAUCUACCAGAUGCUUUCGUCACACCGCUGGACAGAUUGGCUCACUCUUGGCGCUGCCUCCCCAUGUUUGCCAUACUGAGGUUUCAGUUGCACUUUUCCAUGUGCACGCACCUCAAUACAACUCCAACAGGACCUCGGUGGUGCGCUGUGGGAGGCAGAAAUAUGAGAGAGUUUAUCCUGUCCUGUUGGUCCGACCUGAUGGAUCAACUAUUAAUAUCAGAUACAAAGAACCAAGGAAAAUUCUAAUGAUGCCUGUGGAUCUUUCCACUCUGUCAGAGGAGCAACGGAAAGCACGGCAGAAGAAGAGGGAAGUGACAAAGACUACGAGAAAGACGGCAAUUGCCUACGAAGACGACUUCAGUGCUGAUAAAUAUAGCCAGUUUUGGAAGAAAAAAUAAACGUGUUAACCAUUUA